CUUGUGUUUGUUCCUAGGAAUACCUGCUGGCCGGGGCAGACAUCAUUGAGACCAACACUUUCAGUAGCACCUGUAUCGCCCAGGCAGACUACGGACUGGGACACUUGGCUUAUCGUAUGAACAAGGUGUCAGCAGAAAUAGCCAGGAAAGCAGCAGAUGACAUCACCAACCAGACAGGUUGUCAGAGAUACGUGGCGGGCGCCGUGGGCCCCACCAAUAAAACCCUGUCUGUGUCUCCCUCAGUGGAAAGACCAGACUUCAGGAACGUCACCUUUGAUGAGCUGGCUGAGGCCUACGCCGAGCAGGUCCGGGGUCUGUUGGAUGGAGGAGCGGAUAUUAUCAUGGUGGAGACCAUCUUUGACACGGCCAACGCCAAG